AUGGCGAGCCGCGAGCAGCCGGCUCUGCUGCAGCUCAACCUGCACAGGGAGACCUGGUGUCAGGUCGGGGGGGACAGUGGACAGGCCUGGGAGAGGACGGAGAGGAGACACCACCGCGGUCACCUGAGGACCAGCCCAGUGCUGCUCGCCGCUCUGACCGGGGCGCCGCAGCGUGGGGGGGGCAGCUCCGAGCGGCCGCCCCAGGUCAAGCUCCCGGAGAGAAGGCACUUUGAAGAGAGCUAUAAAUCCCACCUGGUGUAA